AUGGAGAAGGAGUCAAGCCAACUUGAGAGGCAUCACAUUCAUAGAGUAUAUGAGAAAAUUGCUCCUUACUUUAGUGACACAUGCUACAAGGCAUGGCCAAAGGUGCAGCUGUUCAUUUCAGAGCAGGAACCAGGCAGCCUGAUUGGUGAUAUUGGCUACGGAAAUGGCAAAUACCUUCACAUCAAUUCUCAGGUCUAUAAACUGGGUUGCGACUACUGUUUCCCGUUGGUGGAAUCAGCACGAAAUUAAGGCCAUGAAGUAAUGGUAUGCCAUAGCUUGUGUCUUCCUUAUCAAAGUAAGUGCUUCGACACUGUCGUGUCCAUUGCUGUGAUUCACCAUUUUUCAAUGGACGAGAGGCGCAUGCGAGCAAUAAAAGAGAUGGCUCGCAUCUUGAGAACGGGAGGCCAGAUAAUGAUAUAUGUGUGGGCAAUGGAGCAAAAACGGAGAUUUGAAAAGCAAGAUGUCUUUGUUCCUUGGAAUCCUUCACCUCCUUCCUGCUCCUCAACAUGAAGCUGACUCCUCUGCAACCUCUUAGACUUGUUCACUGUUUAAAUCCCACCUGGGCGGGAGCAGCUUGGAGUUUUCACAGGGAACUAGCAGGAGGUGACGCUGGAUGAAAGCGAGGGUAAUCCUCUCAGCAUGCAAUUCAGAAGCAAUUCUAAGCAGGUCGCAAAAGAUGAAAUCAGCUGAAGAAAUGGAUCAUCUAGAGGUUGGUCUUGUGCUAUUCAGUGUUUAAAAGUCUAUCUGCACUGCCUCUCCCACUCCAUCUGUGAAGCAGGAGUACUGUGCUCAGCGCUGGGCCGCGCGCAUGCAGGCUCCAGAGGCAGCUGUGCCCCUUGCUGAGGUUCUGCUUUUCCCGGUAAAAGGGUUACACGGUAGCCUCAUGUGGAGAAAAAAAGGCAGAAAAUUUCUGUUUGUUUCUGACACCCACCACUCACACAUUCCCAUCAGCACUAGGUCAGUGCACAGCACAGGGGAUGGGGGUUGCUGGUCCCUGCUUCCUCCAGCACAGCCCAGGACCCCAGUUCGGUGCCCCAGGACCUCUAAGCAAGUGCCACAGCCACCCAAGAGGGAGGGGGAGCAGCAUCCAAGGUGGCUACCAGCCUCCAAGUCGUCCCCAAAAAGCGCAACUUACUGAUCAUUUAAGGCAGGAGUUGCCUUUAAAAUUACUGCAUGAAGGAAGAACGUGCACAAAGACUUACGAGAUACUGUGCCUGUGCAUUUAAAUUUCUGUGUAGGGUGUGGUAGGCAGAUGCAGGAGCAGGAUCAGCAGGGGGAGAUGCUGGCUUUUAGGAGCAAGGAUAGCCAUUUCCUCUGCCAGCUAACCCUGAUCAUUAUCCCAUUUUUCCAUCCUUGACUACUCGAUUCAUCCAAAGUAGAACAUGAUAAAAGUGAAACUUCAAGAAGAGGCAGCAAGAACAUCUACAGAGAGGUUUAUGUUGGGGUUUCAGUCUCCUAGACAAAGCUGCUGAGAUCUUUUGGAACAGCAAGCUGCUCCUCUGCCGCCUCCGACCGACAAUCCAGCUCCUGCCUCUCCCCAUUAAUACUGCCCCUGCGUGCUUCAGCUGUACUUCACAAACCGCUACAUACGUUCCCCUUCUCCCACAUUAGCUCUCUUCCUUUUUUUGUUUUGGGGGGGCUGAGAGGGUGAGGGGUGGGGGACAGGGUAAGUGAAACAACUCAUGCUUUUGUUUCAUCAAGCGCUAUACUUAGGGUAGGCAAAUGCGAAAGUUUGUCUGGCUUUUAAAAAUGAGUAGAUAGACUAAGCUCCUGAAGGAGGCAACAAUUAGUACAUGCAGUAAUUAUGCCCCUUCUACCAUUCUUAUGCUCCUCCUUGUAAAGGAUUUAAGUACUCAUUUCCACCAUCACUGACUCUAAUUUAACAGGAUCUCUGACAGUCAAGGCACUUAAACUCUGACAAGCAGCGUACCAGUGACAAGAGCAGAUGGAAGAGAAAAAUCCAUCUUCUAGACUUCUUCAGUUUUAAGGAGAGCAGCUGAGCAUGAAGCAGGCCAGCACCACCUUACUGAGAAUGAAUCUGAAGG